AUGACUGGAAGCAAAGAUCACUCGGUUCGCAAGAGGAUGCUGUCCAACAUCUACAGCAAGUCGUUUCUACAAUCGUCACCUCAUAUGCGUCUCAUCUCGAGAACUAUAGUAUAUGAUCGUCUUCUCCCAAUUCUAUCCGAAGCAGCCACGUCAAACUCACCCGUUGAUGUUCAUGACCUCAACCAGGGACUGACAAUGGACUUCGUAUCUGCAUAUCUAUACGGCGUCACAAACGGCACCAAUUUCCUUCAGGACGCGCCUUAUAGACAAAGGAUGCUCUAUUUAUACCAGAGCAGGAAGCCCUUUGAGUUCUAUUACCAGGAGGUCCCUAACAUUCUUUCUUGGACAAAGUCUUUGGGUAUCCGCUUGAUACCAAAGUAUUGCGACAAGGCCAACGAGAUACUCGACUCUUGGGGGCUGGGACUGUGCGAUAAAGCAGAGGAAUCGCUGAAGUCGACCAGACUCGAAGAUGAGCCGGCCGUGUAUAAACAACUCAAGCAGGUGAUAUCGAAGCACCUUCCAGCAAACAAAGAUGACGUGGAAUACGCGCAGAUCCUCGAGCAGCAGCGGCUUGAUAUUGCCUGCGAGAUGUACGACCACCUAACGGCGGGUCAUGAAACCAGCGCCGUCGCUCUUACAUAUCUUCUUUGGGAACUCUCAAAGCGCCCUGGUUUACAGGACGCCCUUCGGGAAGAACUUUCCACCCUUGAACCAAGGAUUAUCUUCCCUCGCCCGUCCGAAUCCGCGGAGUUGCCUCCGGCAAAGUCAAUUGACUCCUUGCCGCUGCUUGAAGCAAUCGUCACGGAGACGCUGCGCCUUCAUGCUCCAAUCCCAGGAAUCCAACCUCGAGUCACGCCGUAUCCGUCGUGUACUCUGGUGGGAUACAACAACAUCCCUCCCAAUACUAGGGUCAAUGCCCAAGCUUAUUCCCUCCACCGCAAUCCAGAGGUGUUCCCAGACCCUGAGACCUGGGAACCUAAACGGUGGCUGAAAGACGUCAAUACUCCUUCUGAAUUGGAGGAGAGAAGGCGAUGGUUCUGGGCUUUCGGAAGUGGGGGAAGAAUGUGUGUAGGCAGUAACUUGGCCUUGCAAGGUAAGGCAGCAUUUUCGGCUCAAAAAAGUCUCUAG